AUGGAUCGUUUUCUUCUGGAAAGUGUUAGAGAUGGAUUAACUCAUGAGUUUGAACGAUUGAAGCAAACGAAAGAUAUGACAGUUUCAGAGUAUAGUGCUUGUUUUACACAGCUCUCUAGACACGCUCCUUACCCUAUCACUGAGGAGAUACAUGUUCAGAGGUUCAUCAGAGGAUUGAAGGAUUACUUAUUGAGAUAUGUGAUUGAGCAACGACAGAAGGAAAAAAGAGGUAAUAGACAAGAUUCACGGAUGAUACAAAAGGUUGAAGGUUCUUACAGUAAGUAUCCAACUCGCAGUGGUGGAUCUAUGGUUGGUUAUCAGGGGAAACAAAGAUUGAUGUCUCAAAGAGGUGGUCAUAGCGGGAAGUCUUCUAGGACAAUGCAGAGUCGUUUCACUUUGGAAAUUGUUCUAGAUAUGGUAAUGGUAAAAGUGUGCUACCAAUGUGGCCAAGUAGGUCACAUCCGGAGGGAUUUUCCUGUAGACACGACAUAUCCAUCCUCUAGUUCAAGAACAUCUCAGCAAGGAGGUAGAGGAUUUGGUGGUAGAGGUCAUAUACCAACAGGAAGAGGUCAGGCUCGAGUGUUUGCUUUGGCUCGUCAGGAUGCUCAGACAUCCAAUGCACUAGUUAUAGGUAUACUUUCUAUUUGUUCCAAAGAUGGUCAUGUUUUGUUUGAUCCUGGAGCUACAUAUUCUUUUGUAUCCUCGAGGUUUGCUAUUCGACUUCGUAAAUAUUCAUCUUUUCUAGAAGAAGCUUUAAUUGUGGCUACACUUGUUGGAGAAAAUUUGCUUGCUAAGUCAGUGUAUCGUUCUUGUGAUAUAGCUAUUGAGGGUAAGGUGUUGCCAGUAGAUUUAGUAGUUAUUGACUUAGUAGAUUUUGAUGUGAUUUUGGAUAUGGAUUGGUUGGAUUUGCAUCAUGCCACUUUGGAUUGUCAUAAUAAAGAGGUGAAAUUUGAGAUACCGGGACAAUCAGUCUUCUCGUUUCAAGGAGAACGUUGUUCGGUACCACAUAACCAAAUCUUAGCCUUGAGAGCUAACAAGUUAAAGAGAAGAGAACUUCCUUUGUUGCCACCUGAUAGGGAGAUUGAGUUCUCUAUAGACUUGGUUCCUAACACUCAUCACAUAUCUAUAUCUCCUUAUCGUAUGACCCCAGCUGAACUUAAGGAGUUAAAAGAGCAACUUCAAGAUCUUCUUGAUAAGGAGAAUAAAUACCCUUUACCACACAUUGAUGAGUUGUUUGACCAACUUCAAGGAGGUCAAUGUUUUUCUAAGAUUGAUUUGGGGUCGGGGUAUCACCAGUUGAAGAUUAAGAGGGAUGAUAUAACAAAGACAGCUUUUCGCACGCGUUAUGGACAUUAUGAGUUUUUGGUUAUGUCAUUUGGGCUUACUAAGUCCCCAACAGCUUUCAUGGAUUUGAUGAAUCGCGUUUUUAAACCAUUCUUGGAUCAAUUCGUGAUUGGGUUCAUUGAUGAUAUCCUUGUUUAUUCCAAGAAUAGUGUAGCAUUUUUAGGUCAUGUUGUGUCUAAGAAUGGAAUAAGUGUUGAUCCAAGUAAGGUGGAAACAGUGCAGAAUUGGCCCAAACCUACCACAGUAAAGGAGAUUCGGAGUUUUCUUGGUUUAGCUGGUUAUUAUCGACGUUUUGUGAAGGAUUUCUCAAAGAUUGCAUCUUCGUUGACUAGAGUUUGUCUCGGUUGCAUACCUAUGCAAAAAGGUAAGGUUAUUGCCUAUGCAUCUAGACAACUCAAGAGGCAUGAGGUGAACUAUCCCACACAUGAUUUGGAAAUGGCUGUAGUGAUUUUUGUUGUUAAGAUUUGGAGACACUAUCUAUAUGGUGAAACUUGCAAGAUUUAUACCAUUCAUAAAAGUCUUAAGUGGAUGGAACUUUUGAAAGAUUAUGAUUGCACAAUCUCAUACCACCCAAGGAAGGAAAGUGUUGUUGCAAAUGCUUUGAGUAUGAAAUCCAUGGGCAGUCUCGCUCAUAUUGCAGAAGUAAAUAGGCCAAUAGUUAAAGAAUUUCAAGAAGUUGUUGAAAGUGGACAUCAAUUUGAACUUGGUUAUUCAAGGUUAUUUUUAGCUCACAUACAAAUUCGUCCAACGAUAAUUGAUGAUAUCAAGGAAGCUUAA